AUGAAGCCCCCGGACCGCCCCGCCCCUGGCCGCACUGACCGGAUACUGGGGGUCAUGGGGGGCAUGCUGCGCGCAUGCGCCCUACCCGGGCAGGAGGGGCCCCCGAAGAGAAGCCCGCUGGGGCCGGGGGGGACCGAGCCAGAAUCUCUCUGUAUGGAGGGCAAUCAGAGCGGGGAGCGCGAAGGUGAGGUCCCCGCCUGGGCUCCGCUGCCCGAAUCCUAUUCCAUUGCUGGCAGCGAGGGGAGUAUCUCGGCUUCAGCUGCCUCGGGUCUGGCUGCUCCCUCUGGCCCCAGCUCCGGCCUCAGCUCCGGCCCCUGUUCCCCGGGCCCCCCAGGGCCAGUCAGUGGCCUGAGAAGAUGGUUGGAUCAUUCCAAACAUUGUCUCAGUGUGGAAACUGAGGCAGAAGGUGGCCGGGCUGGACAGAAUGAGAACUGGAUGCUGGAACCACCUUUAACCACAGGAGAGGAGCUGCCCGAACUGAGCCUGCUGAGCACAUUGUUGGGGGGCCCUGGGGAUAAGACAGAGCCACCUGAAGAGGAGGCUUUGUCCCAAGCCUCUGAGAGUGAAGAGGAGCAGAAGAAGAAGGCUCUGGAAAGGAGUAUGUACGUGCUGCGUGAACUGCUAGAGACAGAGAAGAUGUACGUGGACGACCUGGGGCAGAUUGUGGAGGGCUACAUGGCCACCAUGGCUGCCCAGGGGGUGCCCGAGAAUCUUCGAGGUCGGGACAGGAUCGUGUUUGGGAACAUCCAGCAAAUCUACGAGUGGCAUCGAGACCAUUUCCUGCAAGAGUUACAGCGGUGUUUAAAGGAUCCUGAUUGGCUGGCUCAGCUAUUCAUCAAACAUGAGCGCCGCCUGCAUAUGUACGUGGUGUACUGUCAGAAUAAGCCCAAGUCCGAGCAUGUGGUGUCAGAAUUUGGGGACAGCUAUUUUGAGGAGCUCCGGCAGCAGCUGGGGCACCGCCUGCAGCUCAGUGACCUCCUCAUCAAACCAGUGCAGAGGAUCAUGAAAUACCAGCUGCUGCUCAAGGAUUUUCUCAAGUAUUAUAGUAGAGCUGGGAUGGAUACUGAAGAGCUGGAGCAAGCUGUGGAGGUCAUGUGCUUCGUGCCCAAGCGCUGCAAUGACAUGAUGACCCUGGGGAGACUGCGGGGGUUUGAGGGCAAGUUGACUGCUCAGGGGAAGCUCUUGGGCCAGGACACAUUCUGGGUCACAGAGCCGGAGGCUGGGGGCCUGCUCUCUUCCCGGGGUCGAGAGAGGCGUGUCUUCCUCUUUGAGCAGAUUGUCAUCUUCAGUGAGGCCCUGGGAGGAGGAGUGAGAGGUGGAGCGCAGCCUGGAUAUGUGUACAAGAGCAGCAUCAAGGUGAGCUGCCUGGGACUGGAGGGCAACCUCCAAGGUGACCCUUGCCGCUUUGCACUGACCUCCAGAGGGCCAGAGGGUGGGAUCCAGCGCUAUGUCCUGCAGACUGCAGACCCUGCGGUCAGUCAGGCCUGGAUCAAGCAAGUGGCUCAGAUCCUGGAAAGCCAGCGGGACUUCCUCAACGCACUGCAGUCACCCAUUGAGUAUCAGAGACGGGAGAGCCAGACCAACAGCCUGGGGCGGCCAGGAGGUCCUGGGGUGGGGAGCCCUGGGAGAAUUCGGCCUGGAGACCGGGCCCAGGUCAGCACACACACACCCAUCAAUGGCUCUCUCCCCUCCCUGCUGCUGUUGCCCAAAGGGGAGGCGGCCAGAGCCCCCCUGUCCCUGGACACACAGGCCCCCAGUGACAUCCCCCAGGCUCUUCAUGACUCCCUUCCAGUUCCGCCAAUUCCAGACACCCCUCCCUGCCGAGCCACACUUGCCAAGCUGGAUGAAGAUGAGCUGUAACUGGUGAAAGCCGUGGGGGUGGUGCGGACUCAGCUACUCUGCUCCCCCAGCAACUUCAGGGCGAUCCUUCUGGCACUGCCCCAGAAUUCCUCCCUCUUGGUGUAUCUGGAGGGUGGGCGAGGCUGGGAGUGUCAACUUGGAGGAGGGUACCUAGACUCAAAAAGACUUCUUUGUGCCCAAGGAACAUGAGUUCCUUCAGCUCUUACCCCGAUGCGUGCAUCACAGGUCCCCCCGAAAGGAGGAUAUGUGGGUGCGUAGGAGGGCUGGGGCAAGGGCCAGAUAGAAAUGAUUGGCUUUGUUUUUGAUUUUGUUUCUUCUGUUUUCUGAGAAUAAAGGUUUUGUUAUAUCACUAAAGCUGCUGUCUUGGCAGAGGGCAGGGGAAGCUGAAGUAGGGGUAAGUGGGGUCAAGGGGUAUGGAAGAGAUCAGCUGGCCCCUCAAAUCAGUCAUUCGUGGGGGGGGUCUGGUGAGAGGAGAAGGGCGUGGGAUGUGCGAUAAAAGAUGUGGUUAUCUUUGUUCUUCACCUGCAGUUGCAGCAUCUCUCAGUCCAGACCUGGAGCUUAGGGCUACUGGAAGACCCUAGAACCCUGAUGUAUCCUCCCCUUUACCCAGCUCCUCUUUCCCUCCCAUCUGGUCUCUGUUCUAGACCCCACUGGAAAGCCUGCCAUAUGGUGACUUCCCACCAUUCCCCCAAU